AAAAGGAAUUACCUAUAGUAGUGGUCCAUUUUUAGUUAGGAAUUGUUCCAUAACCGUACGCUUUCGAAUCUUUCGAAUAGUAUGUCGUAAACUAGAAAACUUCUCCUUUCCAGGAUUUCAAUGCAUUGGAGCUUCUGUAAUGUACAAUUGGACGUACGAAAGUACCCCAAUCUCCCCUAUAUUACUUUGAAGGUGUCGUGAGGUGUAAAGGGAGAAUGAGGAAGUUGUGUAUGGGUUUUGUUGCUAGAAGAAACCAAUUUCCAUUCUCUUUUUCUCUGUUUCUUAUACACACUCUCUCCCUUCUGGUUUGCUUUCUCAAACUAUUUUUGCUUUCUUUUUCUUUCAUUCCUCACAAUUUCACGAAUAUACCAUCGAAAUGAUGUAGGUUUUCUAUGUUUUUUUUUCGGGGGGAUGACGACUGUUUUCUGGUUUUUCUUGUGCUAGUAGGGGGAAAAAGGGGGUUGUGUGAAAGAGGAUUUUUUUUAUUUGGUGGAAUUGAGGACUAAAUAGGGGAAGUACGAGGGGUUAAAGAAGAGUGAGAUAGAGGAUGAAUUUUUCAAAAAGGUAGUAACGUUGAAAUUUUAUGCUAUAUACGUGGUGUUGUACUGCUCAUGCGCCCAUGCUGUUUAAUUCAGGGUAUAUUUCGAUCCAGAAAUACAAUUGCGGUAUGGCAUUAUUCACAAUUUAUCAUUGCGAAUUUGCCUUUUUCUCUCUGGGUAUCUUCAGUAAAGAGCAGUUUUAUAAAAAGAAAGAUUUGUAAAGACCUAGUUCCAAUUUUUUUUCUCUGUUCGUCGUUAGGGAGGCGCAAGGGUAGAAUGUAACAUAGACGGUAGGUAGCAGUAGAAUUUUUACCUGUAUUUUGAUAUCAUGAUUUUUAUGAGUUGGUAUACAUUGUGAUUCAUUUUGUUAUAAGUUCUUUCCGUUGCCCUCAUCACUCAAUUAUUUCCACAUUGAAUGACACAAUAAUUCUCUCUGUUCUUCUUUUCUUUUUUUUUUGUUCAAAAUGCGGCUUUUGCAUUUAGUCCAAUUAAAUAUUAAAAUCAUAUGGAUGGUAAAUGCGGUAGGAGAAUUAAAAAAAAAGUUUAUGUAGAAUUUUUGAGGUUCAUUCUUGUAAGAGCAUGGGUUGAGUGAGAAAGAGAUAGAAGAGAGGUGCGUUGAAUGAUUGAAUGUUAAGCAAAAUAGUUCAUACACUCACCGUAGAGAGGCAUACACAUAUACACAUACGUAGUUUACGCUAUUGAGAUAGUAGUGUACGACAGAAAAAAAAGUUACAUUGAGAAAAAAGGGAGCUAAAGAGAGGUUUCGUGAGUGGUGAAGCAAUAUACACAAAAGCGUAGUCAGUUUCACUCAUAAAGUUUUCUCGUAGAAUGUGUGUAGUGUGAGAUGGGUGGAAGGGAGACAGAUAGAUAGACCGUUGAUGAUACGAGGUGUGAGUGAAUGAGAUGGAAUGAUAGAUUUUUGACCCAGCAAUACAAGUGGGGGAAGAUGGGAAUGGUUGUCUCUGUCUAGCAGUGUCGGGGUCUACGGUUGGGAUACAGUCGAUGCCUGGUUCAGUUGCAAAGUAGCAGCGUGAUUGUACGGAUAAUCCGCGACAUUCUGUUGGCACUUUCAGUGAAAGCGUGCGAUUUUUUUUCACUCAUUUCAUUUCAACAUUUCGUUCAAAUUGUUCAUUUUUCAAAACAUAAGGCCGCAGUGUGUUGUAUUCUUUCAACUCCGUAUAUUGCUUAAAAAACCGAAAAAAAAACGUUAAGAAAAAAAAAUAUUGUUAGUCACAUUUGGGCUCAAGGAGAGUGUAUGUGCGCUAAGGCUGAAGCUGUUGCGAGAUAUCAACAUCAACCUAAAAUCCUACAAUUUUUUUUUUGGUUAUCGACUUUGGAAAAAGAAGAUCAACGGAUUUUGUAGUGUAAAGACGAAAGAAUAUAUUGAAAAAUCACAGGAUAUACACUGUAAAUGAGAGAAAAUCAAUUUCAAAAGGGUUGAUCAGAAGUUGAGAACCGACAACGUUGACAUUGGAAACAGGAUUUUAACCCCCUUGAUGUUGGUUUUUGUUGUUAUUGUGUUGUGAAGGGAACUCUACGAAAGUGUUUUACUCUUGAACAAUCUCACCUCUCUCUCUCUGGAUUAAUCAUCAUAUUGGCAAAUUGGUGUACGACAACGUCAACGAAGGGAACGAGAGUUUUCACUGGUUGGAAGAGAGAAAAGAAAAAUAUAAAUUACAAAUUAACUAAGUGAAAGUGUAUAUGGAGGACCUAAAGUGAAACUCCAGUUGAUGGAGUAUUGAAGAAGUUUCGAAAAGGCAAAACCAGCAAGAGAAGAGAGUUAUACUACGAAAAGCGUACUUAUAUUGUAAAAAAAAAUUAAUGAGGAUAUUUCUGGAUUACAAGUGACAAAGUUUAAAGUUGAUGUUAAAAAUUAUUCAAAAGCUUACAAACUCUUGGAAAAUAUUUUACACAAGAGAUUCUCCCAAUGUGUAAUGCACAAAUCAUAAUUGACGAAUAAUUACAAGUAGAAAAAAAGAUUAAAAAAAAACAAAAGUGCGAAAUAUAAUUUGCAAAGUUCUGAAAAAAAAGUGAAAUAAACAAAGUGUGUGUGUUCUUUUUAUUUGUUAAUUUUAAACAUAAUUGGUGUAAUUUAUACAUUUAGUAUAAAAUAUAAUUUAGUACACGUGUGUGACUUGGGAGGAAAACAAGAGAAAAAAAAGUUUGAAGUUUAAAUUAAAUUUGUGGUGACUUUUUUGUGUUAGCACAUAUUUUGAUAAUUUCCACAAGAGCAUGUUGAUGUUUUUGGUGCUGCUCAAGGAAAAAAGACACGAAACUGUGUAUAAAUUGAUAAAAGUACAAUUCUAGAAGGAAUUUGUACUAUUUCCUUCCAAAAUAGAAAAAGCAAAAAAAAAAACCCGGAUAUUAACCGAUUAGCAUUCCAAACCUAUUUUCCAAAAAUCGGUAAACACAUCUUUAAGUGAUUGAAAAGUGACCAAUAUUCGGCAGUUAAGAGAAGGAUUCCCUCUCAACUGUCGCAACUAAAGGAACAAAUAGUAUUUCAACUAUAUCCUUAAAUUUAUUUUUAAAUUUCUUUCUGGACCAGUGUUUAUAAAAACGUAAUCCACCGUGGAUACCAUAGCGUUGCCUCUGGGUGGAUUAUCACAUGUUAGGAUGGCUCUGGCCAGGAAAAAAUUUCCUCCCUCUAUUUCAUGGUUGCCGGUCGUGAGUGACUGUCCGGCAGGUCAAACUGCUAGAGUUACAUCCAACCUCCACUCUUCCAGUAGCAGUAGCAGUAGUACAAUGGCGGUCAGUAGAGUACCGUCUCCACCGUUACCGGAAGUGAACACACCAGUUGCUGAAAAUUGGUGCUACACUCAGGUGAAAGUCGUUAAAUUUAGCUACAUGUGGACGAUAAAUAAUUUUAGCUUUUGCCGAGAAGAAAUGGGCGAAGUACUAAAAUCAUCCACCUUCUCAGCUGGUGCUAACGACAAAUUAAAAUGGUGUUUACGUGUCAAUCCAAAAGGGCUGGAUGAGGAAAGCAAAGACUACCUGUCCCUUUACCUUCUCUUAGUAUCAUGUAACAAAUCUGAAGUUAGAGCCAAAUUUAAAUUUUCUAUUUUAAAUGCAAAACGCGAGGAGACCAAAGCGAUGGAGUCACAAAGAGCAUAUAGAUUUGUUCAGGGGAAAGAUUGGGGCUUCAAGAAGUUCAUAAGGCGGGACUUUCUGCUCGACGAAGCGAAUGGUUUGCUUCCUGAGGAUAAAUUAACAAUAUUUUGCGAGGUUAGCGUCGUUGCUGAUAGUGUUAAUAUAUCAGGCCAGAGCAAUAUCACACAGUUCAAAGUGCCCGAAUGCAAAUUGUCAGAAGAUCUGGGAAAUCUGUUCGAUAGCGAACGUUUUAGUGAUGUCACAUUGGCUGUUGGUGGUCGAGAAUUUCAGACUCACAAAGCAAUUCUCGCUGCAAGAAGUCCUGUCUUUGCUGCGAUGUUUGAACAUGAAAUGGAGGAAAGGAAACAGAAUCGUGUCGCCAUUACAGAUGUGGACCAUGAAGUGCUCAAAGAGAUGCUUCGAUUUAUUUACACAGGGAAAGCACCGAAUUUAGAGAAGAUGGCUGAUGAUCUCCUAGCAGCCGCAGACAAGUAUGCCCUAGAAAAGCUGAAAGUGAUGUGUGAAGAAGCGCUUUGUGUUAAUCUGUCUGUGGAGACAGCGGCUGAUACUCUCAUUUUGGCUGAUCUUCACAGUGCUGAUCAACUCAAAGCACAAACGAUAGAUUUUAUCAAUACACAUGCAACUGACGUGAUGGAGACACUGGGGUGGAAAAAUAUGAUAUCGACACAUCCGCACCUCAUUGCUGAGGCAUUUCGCGCCCUAGCGACGCAACAAGUCCCACCAAUUGGUCCGCCACGGAAGCGUGUUAAGAUGAGCUGAAAUAAAUUGUUGAUAUCUGGUACGGGUCUUGCUAAUAUAUCAACCUAUAGCAAUGGCACCGACAUCACCUACGAUACACAAUGUGACAAUUGCAAUACAAUCAACAACAACAACAACAACAAUGGGAUUGAUAGUAACAAGACGACAACAUCAACAACAGCAACAACAAUCUUUCUCCCAUCGAUAUCAUCGACAUUGACAACGGCAUGUGCCACAAAUUCCGCAAUUGUUGUCCAAGGAUCCAAUCUCAACACUUUUCACCGACAUCACCAUCAUCAUCAUCAUCAUCACCAUCAUCUACGACAGACGUCUUCUGUGAUGCACCACUCUUCCGCCACGCCAACAUCCAUGGGCACCAGCAAUGCAUCAACAAUUGCUGGAUGCCCAAUGGACGAGAAACUUGGCAAGAUCUCUAUUGUGAGUGACAAUUUGAUCCUCUCGCAUCUCCAGCAGAGAUCUGUUUGAAUUCACCAAACAACAGCAACAUCAACAUUUUCUUUUUGGGGCUUUGUGAGAGGGAUGAAUUUUUUUUCCGUAGAUGGUGAGCUAAAAAAAACACUUCCUUUUCUUCAUUAUUAUUAUAUUUUUUUUCUUAGUGACACCUAUUUGAGGGACAUUUUGUAAUUUUUUUGUUGUUUUUAAAUCACAAAAGAAAGAGAGGGUUUGGCGAAA